AUGGCCUCACCCACCCCCUCGCAGCGCUACCUCAGCACGCGCGGUGGCAGCUACGACUUCUCCUUCGAGUCCGUCGUCCUCAAGGGACUCGCAUCCGAUGGUGGCCUCUUCAUCCCAGAAGAGAUCCCGGCCCUUCCGUCAGACUGGCAGACAAGAUGGCGCGACCUGAGUUUUCAAGAUUUGGCCUAUGAGAUCUUCUCGCUGUAUAUCUCAGAGGAGGAGAUCCCGAGUCAGGAUCUCAAGAGCAUUGUCGAGCGGAGCUAUGGCAAAUUCAGAGCAAAGGAUGUGACGCCGCUGAAGCGUCUUAACGGUGGAGAGGGCAAGGAGCUGUGGUUGCUGGAGCUGUUCCACGGCCCAACGUUUGCGUUCAAGGAUGUGGCUUUGCAAUUCGUGGGCAACCUUUUCGAGUACUUCCUCGUGCGAAGAAAUAAGGGGAAAGGGGAGGAAGCGGAGAGAGAGCAUUUGACGGUCAUUGGAGCUACAAGCGGUGACACGGGCAGCGCGGCUAUCUAUGGAUUGAGAGGCAAGAAGGAUGUCAGCGUGUUCAUCAUGCAUCCGAAAGGCAAGGUCAGUCCCAUACAGGAGGCACAAAUGACGACGGUGCUGGAUGCCAAUGUGCACAAUCUGGCUGUGAGCGGGACGUUCGACGACUGUCAGGACAUCGUCAAGGCGCUAUUUGCGGACCCAGGGACGAACGAACAGUUCCGUCUCGCAGCCGUCAACAGCAUCAACUGGGCUCGAAUUCUGGCGCAGAUCACCUACUACUUCCACUCAUACUUUUCACUUCUGCGGAACACUGACUCACAACCACAAGUGCGCUUCGUGGUUCCUACAGGCAACUUCGGCGACAUUUUAGCUGGUUUCUUCGCUACACGCAUGGGUCUGCCAACAGAGAAACUGGUGGUGGCGACGAAUGAGAACGACAUUCUGCAUCGAUUCUGGAAGACGGGCUACUAUGAAAAGCAACCCGUCCAUGGCCGUGAAGCUGAAGGUGGGCUGGUCGAAGACGGUGUGAAGGCGCACGAAGAGGGUGUCAAGGAGACGCUCAGCCCAGCGAUGGACAUUCUAGUGAGCUCAAAUUUCGAGCGUCUACUCUGGUUCUUGGCUUUCGACACGAGCAAGAUUGAAAACACCAAGCAGCGUAGAGAAGAGGCAGGCGCAAAGGUCAAGGGAUGGCUGAACCAGCUGAAGUCUGAAGGUGGCUUUGGUGUUGGCAAGGAGGUGCUGGAGAAAGCGAAAGUGCUUUUCGAGAGUGAGCGCGUCAGCGACGAUCACACGAUCCAGACCAUCAAGAGCGUUUACUCCCAACAACUGCCACAAGCCAAUGCCACUUCCAACGGACACACAGCGCCUGCGACCACCGGCACCGAGCACGAUGGCCACUACGUUCUCGAUCCACACUCCGCCAUCGGUGUCGCAGCCACUCUGCGCUCUAUGUCGAAUUCCAACUCACAACACGUGGCGUUGGCAACAGCUCACCCGGCCAAGUUCUCGCAUGCAGUUGAAUUGGCACUGAAGGAGGUGAAAGGCUUCACUUUCGAAAGCGUACUACCGGAGCAAUUCCAGGGAAUUUUGGAGAUGCAGAAGCGGGUCACAGGGGUGGACAACGAUUGGUCCAGUGUGAGGGAUGUAAUUGUGCGCGAAGUUGAGGAGGAGCUAAAGGGCAAGCGGUAG